AUGGCCUCACCCACCGAGCCCAUUGAGGAUGAGUUCGAUCCUGAACUGUUGACUGCCAUCCCAGACAACUCGAAGACGACCAUCCCGGAAGGCCGAGCAACACAGAACGAACCAGAACUAUCGUACGUCAGAACCCAGAAGGUCCAGGCCAACCGCGCUGUGCCGCCGGCUAGUGAAGAACCAAAGCUCUCCAAGCUGGGCCAUCAGGCUCUACUUAACAAAGGCAUGGGUGCAGUGCCAAUCGGCACCUUUAAGCCAGACCAUAUCACCGACCCUCACCAGGCUGCAAAAGGGAGACAGGCAAUGAAAUUCGCACUCCAACCACUCGUCGGCCACAGCGAGGAAGGAACCCUGGCUGGCAGACGCGAACUGGUGGUUCGCAAAUUCAUCGGGCGACGUCCACUCGUUAUCCUGAUGGCACUUGAGCCAACAUACGUGAAAUUCGAAAAAUGGCAACUGGUGCCGCCGAAUGCUCCGAGACCUGUCACACGAGCCUACAUCGACCAGCAAGGGCGAUACAACACAGCUCUGUUAGCUCAUUCCUUGACACCGUCCUGGAACAGCGACGUGCCUAUGUCUUCAGCGAUUGUCCAGCUAGACCUUCCUGAACUACCCUCGUUGUUAAGAACACCAUGGAGCUAUGCGGAACAGUUCAAGAUCUCGAGCAAGAGCUAUACCCUGGUGUGA